AUGGAGGAAGAAGAAGAUGAAAUCACUUCUCUAUCAAAAGCAUCAUCAACUGUCACACUUACUCAACACAACGUCCAAUCGCUAUCGAGAACGUCAACAACAUCAACUCUUGCGGCGCCGAACAUAAAACUAGAAGGCAUACCCAAAUGUCAGAUAUUUACGCAGCAAGCAUCAGCGGAGUCCAUUGAGUCAGAGGAGAGCACUUCACAGAGUACGUCGCAAAAAGUAUCUCCCAGAUACUCAAUACUAUCCAAGUCUCCGCAUAGUAGUAGCAGCCAGGAAGAGUACGAGCCUAAGGGUCAGUUUUUAUCAGCCGGACAUCGCACUGAAACCACCAAAAGCAUGGAGAGUUUAAGGACGUCAUCGAAAUCAUUUUUAUCGGCUAGCGAGAAGGAUAUGAGGCGUAUUUUCACCGAGGCAACAGAGACUAAAUCGUUAGAGAACAUAGAGCGAGAGAUGAGGCUCAAAAGACACGCCGUCUCCGGUGAAGGUCAAACUCUUGCUGGUUCACUAGGUAGCUCUGACGAUACUAUAUCGGCUGAAAGACGCAGAGGGCUUUGGGCGGGUAGAAUGAGGGUUCCUCAGCAUCUAAGUCUUCCUCCACCGGCUGGGUAUUUGAGUCUUAGUCCGGGCGAUAGAAAGUUGACCAUACUAUCACCACAUUCGCCUCAUAGAAUGCCUGAUCUUCUUCACCUAUCACAAACCACAUUGAAGACCAGGAGAAAGAAAGCUACUGUUUUGCCUAGAUUGGUUCUACCCAGAAGUGACUCGGAUAUCAGUGAAGUCUUCUCAGAGCAUGGCUUAGAGUAA